AACUUGAAUCAUAUCAAAGUAUAAUAUUCUACCAUUUAACAUCUCUAUCAAACAAUGAUCCCGAUAAAAACUAGUCCCUAAAUGUUAGCUUCCUUACUCACAAUGCAGAACAGAAGCAAAGAAUCAUUCUUUCCUUUACAUAAGUUCCAUACUUUCAACAUACAAAAUCAGCUUAUAUAAUACUCGCAGGUUGCCCGAUUCCCGCAUCAUGGGCUCGGUGUCUUUGUUCUUGGAGCAACAUUGGUAAUUCUUUUUAUUCCUGUUGAGACACAAUACCCAGAAUGCCUCAUUUCUCACUUGAUGAUGCAAGAGACUUUCUACUGAUAAUGAGAAACUUCCUCAAAAGUUUUAAGAUUCAAACCAAAUAUGGAACAUCAGCAGCAGCCGCAGCAUCGAGUGUCAUCAUCUCGGGCAUCGGUCUCGUGUUGAUUUAUGUCUAUACUCAGAGGAAAAGGGAGAAAAAUGAUCGACGUGUUUUCAUGAGAUCAAUGUCCAUUGGAGCUCUGCAUGGUGGCAAACUAGCCAUGAAAAGAUUGCUUCAAUACCAAAAGAUGCGAGCAACCGAGAAAAAUCAAGAUCAAGUUCUGGAGAAGUUAGAGAAAAUGAUAAAAGAUUGCGCUCCUGAUUUCGCGAAGCUGCAGAGCAUUGUGGCAAAGCUGGAAAUGAGAGGACAAGAAGACAAAGCUAUUGAAAUAUUAAAAAAAGCAGCAAAGGAAGCCAAGGAGAAUUCACUUUUGCACUAUGAAUAUGAAUAUCAGAUUCUUCUUGUGGAAAUGCUCAUUUACAAGGGAAAUAUUGGGGAGGCUGAAAGGGCUUCAUGCCUGAAUCAAGAAGAAACUUCAGAUGUUCGACGCUCGUUAUAUAAGGCUAUAAUUCAAGUGCUGCUGAAUAAUCCCAAAAAGGCAAAAGAAAAAUGGGAAGAGUUCAAGGAAAUGAGGAGCCGAUUCCUGUUGCCACCCGACGUUAAAGACUCUCAAUUUUACAAGCUCGUUACGGAAUUCGAGAUGUUUAAGCAAGUUGUCGACCUCCUCGGAAAAGACAUUGAGGAGAGGAACAAAGAAAAAAACUGAAAAUGAAAGCAGAACACCCCCUAAUUUUUUCAUCCUUUUUUUCUUUUUCUUUUUUUUUUCCCUUUUUUAAGAUAUACUAUUUUCUUUAUUGGAUUUACUGCAAUUACGUGUGCUGAGUGGGAUAAAAUAAUCGAGAAAACUCCAGAGAAAAAUAACAAUAAGAAAAUGAUGGCGAAACUUGUAUAACGUUGUCGUCCUCAUUGGACCGGGCCGAUCUGCYUAAGGCCCAGGCCCAAUAAACAAAUUCUGUUUGGACUUUGGGCCUCCAAUCUCCAAAAUCUAAGAUUGUGCAGGAACCAGGAAMUGUAUCAAAUUACGUAACCUUCUUAUCUGCAAUAUUUAGGU